UCCAAGUGCAGCCGCAGAGACAAGGAAAGUGACAUGGAAGUCCCACAGUUUCUCUUUUCUUUUCUUUUUUUUGAGACAGAGUUUCGCUCUUGUUGCCCAGGCUGGAGUGCAAUGGCUUGAUCUCGGCUCACCGCAACCUCCGCCUCCUGGGUUCAAGCGAUUCUCCUGCCUCAGCGUCCUGAGCAGCUGGGAUUACAGGGGCCCACCACCACACCCAGCUAAUUACUUAUUUUUAGUAGAGAUGGGGUUUCUUCAUGUUGGCCAGGCUGGUCUUGAACUCCUGACCUCAGGUGAUCCAUCCACCUUGGCCUCCCAAAGCGCUGGGAUUACAGGCAUGAGCCACCAUGGUCGGCCAGGACAUGAACUUUUUAAGGUUCUGGGCUUUGCCUUGAAAACCUCUAUCACCAGUAGUUUGCACUCCCAAAUCUGGUAACGAUUUCCCUGGUUAAACUCUUGUUUCAAGAAUCAGCGCAACCCCACCAUUGACCAAGACCUGUUGCAGAUGCUGAAAAGUGCAAGAGUAUGGACUCCAUCACAGAUAUGGGAGGCCGCUGAUCCUAACUAACUUGUGGAAAGGUGACCAUGCUGCACGUUUAUGGAAUAAAGAGAAGGCAGGUUCUACAGCCAAAAAAGAGAAAGCCACAAUCGGGUUAUGCGCUUCCCACAGCUCCACAUAAGGACUGAUUAUGUAUUUAUUGAAUCACUCCCCAGUCACUUAGGAAAUGCCAUGUAUUAGGACCAGUUCUUAGGAUGGAAGAAACCAAGCAGAAAUAGUGUACAUAUGACUCCAGCAUUCAGAAUUCCCUUCAGUCCAUGCAUAUUCUGAAGGUAUUAAGGGCAGAGCUCCACUGGCAGCCCAGAGAACACAGAGAUGGAGACAUGAGGAAAGACCAGGGAGAACUCAUUGCUCAAGAUCAAAGACAACUUUUCCCAGCAUGUCUGAAAUACGCAGAGGUCACCGAACUCAUGGACCAAUGCCUCACGUCACUGGUAGGUUCUGCCAGGUCCAGAGGCAGAAGUUGAACUUUUCGGUCCCGAAAGUCUCCAUCAGGAAGGAAAAGAAAGACCUGCCUCACCUAAGCUGAGAGAUGGAGAGGUCACCGGAAUUGGCCAAUAUGUCCGGAAGCCAGGAUUUUAUCCUGCUGGGCUUGUCCGCCAGGCAGGACGUACGAGAGGCCCUGUUUGUCCUCUUCCUGACUCUCUACCUGCUGACGCUCCUGGAGAACACGCUCGUCCUCCAUCUCGUCCGCAGGCACAGCCGACUCCGCAAGCCCAUGUACUUCUUCCUGGGCAACCUCAGCGGCCUGGAGCUGUGCUACGUGUCGGUGACCGUGCCCAGCCUGUUCGUGGGGCUGUGGACUGGGCCCUGCCGCGUCUCCUUCGCAGCCUGCAUCGUCCAGCUAUUCUUCUUUCUCUCAUUCAUGGGCACCAAGUGCACCCUGCUGGCCGCCAUGGCCUAUGACCGCUACGUGGCCAUCUGCCGCCCGCUGCGGUACCCGCUGCUCAUGCGGCCCCAGCGGUGCCAGGGCCUGGCCUUGACCUCGUGGGUCGGGGGGCUGCUGGUCUCGGUGGCCAAGACCACCUGCAUGGCCAGCCUGCCCUACUGCGGCCCCCGCGUCCUCCACCACUUCUUCUGCGACGCGCCCCCUCUGCUUCACCUGUCCUGCGCCCACGCGACCCUGAAGGAGCUGGUGGGCCUCCUCUCUGGCAACCUCAUCCUCGGGGGGUCAGUAUUCGUCGCGCUGGCGUCCUAUGUGGCCAUUGGCGGGGCCGUGCUCCGCCUGCCGUCAGCAGCCGCCCGCCGAAAAGCCCUCUGCACCUGCGCCUCGCACCUGGCGGUGAUGGGUCUCUUCUACGCCCCGGUCCUCUUCGUGCAUUCCCGGCCCAGCCGCCUGCAGCCCACGGACUUCACCACGGCGCUGUCCGUCCUCUACACGGUGGGCACCCCCGCGUGCAGCCCCGUCAUCUACUGUCUGCGGAACGCGGAGGUGCGCGUGGCGUUGCGGGGAACGCUCUGCCCAGGCCGAGUCUCAGUCAGAGCACGUGGCUUCCCGCUCCGGAUUUAAAAUGCUGAGGCAGGCCGGGCGCGGUGGCUCACGCCUGUACUCCUAGCACUUUGGGAGGCCAAGGUGGGUGGAUUACUUGAGGUCAGGAGUUCGAGACCAGCCUGGCCAAAAUGGAGAAACCCUGUCUCUACUAAAAAUACAAAAAUUAGCCGGGCAUGGUGGCAGGUGCCUGUAAUCCCAGCUACUCAGGAGGCUGAUGCAGGAGAAUCACCUGAAGCCGGGAGGUGGAUGUUGCAGUGAGCAGAGAUCGUGCCACUGCACUUCAGCCUGGGUAACAGAGUGAGACUCCUUUCAAAAAAUAAUGCUGGGGCAAUGAUAGACUGGAUAAAGAAAAUGUGCCACAUAUACAUCAUGGAAUACUAUGCAGUCAUAAAAAAGAAUGAGAUCAUGUCCUUUGCAGGGACAUGGGUGAAGCUGGAAAACAUCACUCUCAGCAAACACAGGAACAGAAAACCAAACACCGCAUGUUCUCACUCAUAAGCAGGAGUUGAACAAUGACAACACAUGGACACAUGGAGGGGAACAUCACACACCAGGGCCUGUUCAGGGGCAAGGGGAGGGAGAGCAUUAGUACAAAUGCAAAAUGCAUGGGGGGCUUAAACCCAGAUGGUGCGUUGACAGGUGUAGUAAACCACCAUGGCACAGGUAUACCUAUGUAACAAACCUGCACGUUCCGCACAUGUAUCCCAGAAUUUAAAGUAAAAUAAAAUAAAAUAAAAUAAAAUGCCAGGGCUGAUACCUUCCGGGUCCCAACUUUCAAAGCCAAAAACACUUACACAAGCUUCAAAGGCAAAUACAAACUUGGAGGAAAAUAUUUACAACUUGUAAAAAAUUAAUAUAAAAAUUAAACUAUUCCACAAAAGGGAAAGUGAUCAUAAACAAGAAGGUUACUGAUGAAGGAAUGUAGCUUUCUGAUAGCUUACAAAACAGUGGGCAAAUUCUCCAUUCAUCUAGAACAUAAAACACUAAUUGAACAUCAACCAUUUGCACUUUGCAUAAAGAAAAAUAUUGUGAAGAUGUGUACGCAUGUCUUCAUAGGGCACAAAAUAUAUGUAUAAGAAUGUUUACUGGAAAAUUAUGAAAUUUGGAAUAAACACUGCUAUUCUGGAAA